AUGAAUUUUGAUUUGCCUUUUGAGCAAGUGCUAGGCGAUUCUGAACUCAGUAUCCUUGACAAGUCUUCAGACGAGACACGUGUCUCCUCGACACGUCCUGAGGGGCGGUCGUCAUCAGAGGGAUACUCGUUUUCUUCUCCGGAGUUCAUGGAAGGUGAUAAUGAUGCCUUAAUGCAUGAGUUUUUUAACUUUGACGAAACUGUCGACAGUAACGUUCCAAGUUUCAUAAAACCUCCGUCAGUUUUUCAAGUUUCUUCUCCUUAUUCUUUGCAUACACGUGAUGAAAGUGAAGUUCAGUUCCGCGGGCUGGAUGAUUCUUUCAAAAUUCUAAAGCAGCCAGGCGUUGAUAUGAUUUACGAGAAUAACAUUUUACCUGGAGGACAAAACCUUAAGCAAACCACUUUAAAUCCAUCGCACAUGAACUUGAACAAUGGCUCGCUAAAAGAUGGCACAACUCUUGGGCCAGCGGUCAAGUCUGAGUACUCUCCGGUGAGCGCUGCUCUUUCAAGCACUCUGCUGUCACCUACUAGAAACAUAGGGGAAACUACUGACCCUGUUUCUCUUACACACGAGGUUCCCGUCUCGUCAGUCCCAUUGCAACUCCCCCCUCAAAGCAACCUUAGUUUUUCGGUGGACCAUUUACCAGCCCAGAACGAGCAAAAAUGGCGUUCUCGAGUUGAAACGAACAUGCUUUUUGAGCUUCGGGUCAAUACGUUAAACGGUCCAGUUAGUUUUGACUACAUCCGUCUUCCUUCUUGGGCUCAUCGUGAAGACAAGAAGCGAGCUUUUAAGCUGCAACUUCAGGUUAAGCCGGAUUCUUAUUUACAGCUUGUACCCACUGUCAUGGUCGCUGACAGAAAAGCCGUUGUUCAAACAUGUUGCACCCGUUGUUUGCUUCGUGAAAGAAAGCGUAAUGCUCGUUCCCAACCAGAUAAGGAGAAGACGAUGCAAGCUUACAACAAAUUGAAAGCGAAAGAACGGAUGUUGACCGAUGCUCCUCAAGAGGUUAAGCGUCAACUACAAAUGGAUAUGCUAAAUCUGUUCCCACCUCUUGAUGAUAUUGAUGAGGACAGAAUGAUUAUGGUGUUCACUGGUCCUGAAUACGUACCACUAAGUCCUGUUGGUGCUAAUUCAAAGAUGGCACAGAUUUAUGCACGUGUUACCUGUUAUUCAUCACAUCAAAGUUGUCCUUACUUUAAUAUUUACUGGGGUUUGUACGACUGUAAUGAUAAUCUGGUUGGUCAUGUUCUUUUCCCGGAGCCGGUGACCGUGUUAGAUGAUCAUAAGAGCCGCCUUCAAGUUCGUGGUGAUAAGCAUCAAACGCCGACAAACAACGCUCGUGUUUCUGAUGCAAACUCUAAGUCAAUUAAACAACAAAAUGUAUUCCCGGAUUAUGCUCAGAUGGCUCCUACAGAUUUUGACCAAUUCAGUGGUUCUUACUAUCCAGAAAAGCGCCGCCGUGGUUAUGUUGAAAGCAAUGUACCAAUGAGUGCCACCUGCAUCCCAGCGACCACGAACCCUGGUUUAAUAUCUAGUCGAAGUUCAUCUACUAUGUCCAAUAUGUCUUUGAAUCCAAGUCUUUCUGCUGCGCCGUUUCAGCAGCAUUUGCAUCAUAUAUCCAGUGAUCGUGACGAGCACCGACCAUACAACAACCAUCACACUGUUGUAAUUACUGGAAAUCGUAACUCGGUCAAUGUACCCUCUGACCAGGCGUUGCUUAACGAAGCUAAGGCACCUUUUUACACAGACUCAAAAUUACAAACGCCUGUCUCACAAAAUGCUAUUCGUGAUGGACUUGAUCCGCAACUAAAGAUGGCACCGUCAAUGGGUUCUGUGGGCCCUAUUUUGCCUGAGAUGAACUCGACGUAUCAAGCCCUUAAUCAGCAAACACAAGGAGCUUCCCCUCCUCCUAUUAUUUCAAGAAUUAUUCCUAACCGUGGUUCUAUCUUAGGUGGUUACGAGGUUACUGUUCUUGGUGCAAAUUUCGCCAAUGGAUUAGUGUGUGUUUUUGGAAAUACCCCAGCAACAUCUACCUACUCUUGGAGUGAUUCGACUAUUGUUGCUACUUGCCCUCCGGCUUCGGUUCCUGGGCCUGUUAAAGUGUCUUUCCAAAAUGACACGCUGCAAGAUACAAAUCAAAACGAUGUUAUUUUCACAUAUGAUGAUGAUCUCGACCAUGAAUUAUACAAACUUACUCUACAGGUAAUUGGUCUGAAGCUUACGGGUUCUAUUCAAAAUCCCUUAACUUUGUCAAAGAGGCUGUUGCGUUCUUGGCGUGAUGAAUUUGCUGGCUUUAUCAGUAAUUCUUUGCAUGGCACGCAGAAUACAACUCAUAGUGUGGCUCAAGAUUCCGAUGAUUCUUCCUCCUCUAAGGUCGCUAUUCGGAAAAUGCUAAAGAGUCAUAAGCUGCCAUAUUCUGAUGACUUGGAGGGAACGGUCUUCUCAUCCUUGAACAUUACAUAUGAGACUGAGGGUUUAAGUGCGUCUGAACUCUCUGCUGAAAAUGAGUUGGGUCGAAGUUUACUACAUAUGUCUUCCGCAAGGGGCUUAACGAAAGUUGUUUUCUUCUUGUUGACUCACGGUGUGGAUGUGAACAAGGGUGACUCAUUGGGCUACACACCUCUUCAUUACAGUGUACUGUUCAACAAUCCCGAAGUUACAACCAUUCUGCUGGAGCACGAUGCCGAUGCGGACUUGCUGACCAAUAAUGGCUUUAGUGCUUUGGAACUGGCGAAUGCUUCGACAAAGAAGAUUUUCCUUGAUCUGUUUGAAUCUAUCGAAAAGUCAACUUUCAUUGACGCUUCUGCGGGCGCUGAUAAGUUGAAGUCCGAGGCACUAUGUGACAGUCGGGACUCAGAAAAUACUGCUUUCACGUCUGCUACCGAAGCACAACCGGACGCUUCUCUUAAAAGUCGAGAGAUGCCCAAGGCGUUUGGCUUCCUUCCGUACGAUCCCGAGACCGUGUCUCAACUGAAGGAUGUACCUGCAAUGAUGCACAAGGCUUUUAUUUCGAAGCUGAAGAGCAUCUCACUUAUUCCGGAUGAGGACCCUCCUCCGUAUUCAGAGUCUGUAGCGAAGAGCGAAGGAGCUUCUGGAAGUUCCACUGAUUCUGCUGCACAGAGCAAGACACACGAUACGAGUAGCGUGUGGUGGUCUUUGAAGUGGCAAUCCCGGUUAGUUGGUCGGGGUAAAAUGUCCGCGUUGACUCCAGAUGAAGAGCAAGUUGUUCGUGAGCAAGCAAAGAAAUUGAAGAAGGGAGUUAAGCAACAGUGA